GGGGGGGGGGUGGGGAGGGGGAGUUUGGCGCCGGCACCGCAGCGCGAGGUGGAAGCGGCGGAACGAGCGGUUUCCGCGAUUUUGAAAAAUAACGAUUUUUUUUUUCAAUUUUUAAAAAAAAACCGACAGCCGAACUGCGGCGGCGGCGGCGGAGCGGCAGCGCGAGAUGACUGGCUCAAAUGAAUUCAAGCUUAAUCAGUGUCCUGAAGAUGGGAUCUCAGCAAUUAAAUUCAGUCCCAAUACCUCUCAGUUCCUGUUGGUGUCAUCCUGGGAUUCUACUGUCCGGUUGUAUGACAUCACUUCGAACAACAUGCGGCUAAAAUAUCAGCAUUCAGCAGCUGUCCUGGACUGUGCUUUUCAUGAUCCGACACAUUCUUGGAGUGGUGGAUUGGACCUUUCACUUAAAAUGCAUGAUUUAAACACGGACCAAGAAUCUGUUGUGGGCUCACAUGAUGCUCCAAUCCGCUGCGUUGAAUACUGUCCAGAGGUGAAUGUAAUGGUGACGGGAAGUUGGGAUCAGACAGUUAAAUUGUGGGAUCCCAGAACACCUUGCAAUGCUGGGACAUUUGCCCAACCAGAAAGGGUGUACACUCUUUCUGUGUCUGGAGAACGUCUAAUUGUUGGAACUGCUAGUCGCCGUGUACUUGUCUGGGACUUGAGGAAUAUGGGAUACGUACAACAGAGGAGAGAGUCUAGUCUAAAGUAUCAGACUCGCUGCAUUAGAGCAUUUCCAAAUAAACAGGGUUAUGUUCUAAGUUCAAUUGAAGGACGUGUUGCAGUGGAGUACUUGGACCCUAGUCCAGAGGUGCAAAAGAAAAAAUAUGCUUUUAAAUGUCACAGAUUAAAGGAAAACAACCUUGAACAGAUCUAUCCAGUUAAUGCUAUUUCAUUCCACAGUGUUCACAACACAUUUGCUACAGGUGGAUCUGACGGAUUUGUGAAUAUCUGGGAUCCCUUCAAUAAAAAGAGGUUGUGUCAGUUUCAUCGCUACCCAACUAGUAUUGCAUCACUUGCCUUCAGUAAUGAUGGCUCUGCCAUUGCUAUAGCAUCCUCAUACAUGUAUGAAAUGGGUGAAAUUGACCAUCUGGAGGACAGUAUCUACAUUCGUCAAGUGACAGAUGCUGAAACAAAACCCAAGUGAGUUUCUUCUCAGUUGGGUUUUAUUCUUUUUAUACCAUUCAUUUGAAACAUUUAUGUUUCUUAAUUUCAUAAAAAAUUAUUGAUGUUGAGUGGACAAUGCAGCUGCCAGCCAGCAAGGCCAGGUUGAUUUUAUCUUCUCCCAAGCUUUCAAUAUCCGCAGACUGAUAAACAUUGCUUAGAUAGUGUGCCUUGUUUUCAGAGGCAAGAGGUUAAAUAGUGGUGCUCUUUCUGAAUUCCACAACUUUGAUCAGUGAAAUUUAACAUUACAAAAGUAUGUUUGCUUGAGGUAUUUAAUUUUUGAUGGCUUAUGAUGGGAAUGCUAAAUAGAUAGGAAGUUUUAUUUUACAAGAUCUGCACAGAUUUUGACCAAUUAUAACCUUAUUUGCUAAACUUAGUAAACUGUUGAUAUGGAAAAUGGUUCUUUGACAUGUUUUAUAAUCUUAGAUCUAGAAGAAUCCUUCCAACAAUUCUUCCCAUUUGAAUUGCCAGGUGACUUAUAAAUACUUAUAACAGUUGAUUAUAGGAUAUUGGUCCACUUCCUUGACUUUUUUCAAAGCCCUAUAAUCAAAUAUAAUCAUUGUUUUUUCUCUGAAAGCCAUGCUGGAAGAGCUCACACUACCUCUGUUUCUUUUCCUUUGUAGUUUAAUUGUAAUCGCUAUUGUCCAGCCUAUUGAAUGUUCUUGGCCUGUAUUAAAUAAUCUAGUUGUUGUCUUUUGUUCUCUUUGUAUGUUUAAAUUUCAAUNAAAAAUAUAAAUUAAA